CCCCUUGUCUUGAAAACGGGGCGAGGUUCCGCAGUGCCCCACUUGGAGUCUUCCCGGCUCUCUUUUUGGCGGGCGGGGGAAAAAAAAAAAACGCGCACAGAAACUCGUGUCUCCGCCGCCGCCGCCCAAACUCCCCGGCGGAGGGAUAUCUCUGGGUAAGAGUGUGUCCGUGUGUGUGCGCUUUUUUUUCUUCUCCGCACCAAAAUAUUGAGAGUUAAGAGGCAGCUCCGCCGCGUAAUUGAGCUCAGAAGAGAGCAGUGCCGGGCGGAGGCUGUGUCGCUACUGCUGCUCCGGGGCUCUCGCGCCACUGCGGCGGUGGAUUGCAUGUACCCUGACCUCCCUCCCCCCGGCAGCUUCCGAGAAAAGUGGAUUUUAUUGAGCAGGGUCUAUCCUCUGCUUGGGAAAGACGGGACUCCGGACGCCUCUUGCAGUGCAAAACCCCAAGAUCUUGAUCCCCCUUAUGAAAGAAAUCCUUUGAUUGCUUUGAAGGACAGCUUUUUCAUCGCAUCUGGGAUUUUUAUUUAUUUUUUUCUUUUUGGCUUCUUGAUUUCUGGAUUUGUGGACACAAAAAAAUUGAACCAUCUUUCGGCGCCCGUUGGAAGGGAAAGCAAAGGAGGAGGGGGAGCUCUUGCUUUCCGAGUCUCCCUCUUCUUUGCCGGCCUUGGGCUGGAUCUGGUUUUGGCAACGCCGCUGCUCAUCGGCAGGUUAUUAUCAUUGCACACUGAUUUGUUGUGAAUUGACUGAACGAAGCCAGAGGAUUCCGAGCUCGAUCGUUGGACUUUUGGGACUGAGGUCGGGAUCGGUGCUUGGAAGAUGUUACUCUCCAAGUUCGGCUCACUCGCUCACCUUUGCAACCCAACCAGCAUGGAUCACUUGCCAGUGAAGAUCCUCCAGCCAGUGAAAGUGGAGAAGGAACCAUUCGAUAAAAUCUAUCAAGUGGGCUCCGUGCUCGGCAGCGGGGGAUUUGGCACGGUCUAUGCCGGGAACCGGAUCGCAGAUGGCUUGCCGGUGGCGGUGAAGCAUGUGGUCAAGGAGAGAGUCACAGAGUGGGGCACAAUUGGCGGAGUAAUGGUGCCCUUGGAGAUAGUCCUGCUGAAGAAAGUGGGGUCUGGUUUCCGAGGGGUAAUCAAGCUGCUGGAUUGGUAUGAAAGACCAGAUGGCUACCUCAUUAUAAUGGAGAGGCCAGACCUGGUGAAAGAUCUCUUUGACUUCAUCACUGAGAAGGGUGCCCUGGAUGAGGAGACAGCCCGGGGCUUUUUCCGCCAAGUCCUAGAGGCAGUGCGCCAUUGCUACAGCUGUGGUGUGGUGCACAGGGACAUCAAGGAUGAAAACCUCUUGGUGGAUCUCCGGACAGGCGAGCUGAAGCUGAUUGAUUUUGGGUCUGGGGCCAUCCUCAAGGACACCGUUUACACUGAUUUUGAUGGGACACGUGUGUACAGUCCUCCGGAAUGGAUUCGCUAUCACAGGUACCACGGCAGAUCAGCAACCGUGUGGUCCUUGGGUGUCCUUUUGUAUGACAUGGUCUGUGGGGACAUCCCUUUUGAACAAGAUGAGGAGAUCUUGAGGGGACGGUUAUACUUCCGAAGACGAAUUUCACCUGAAUGCCAACAACUGAUCAAAUGGUGCCUUUCCCUGAGGCCUUCAGACAGACCAACUCUUGAGCAGAUUUUUGACCACUCAUGGAUGCACAAAUCAGAAAUGGUGAAGUCAGAAGACUGUGACAUAAGGCUACGGACCAUUGACACGGACGUGUCUAGCACAAGUUCAAGCAAUGAGAGUCUGUGAAAUAUUAAGGACUGUGCAACAAGAGGGGAGCUACAAGCAGAAAAAAUAAUUUUUCAAGACCACAGUGCUGCUGCUGCCAAUAUGUAGGAGGGGCUAGGAAAAAUGCAUUCAUUAUUCUGUAGUUUGAAUCUUUGUCUGAGAGACUUGAUUUUUUAAAUUGUUAUUUCCCCCUUUUUUGGCUGGUUUCUGCUUUGGAAUGAGAGAUUUCCUUUGGAAAUACCCACGUUUGGGAGUUUGCAGGACAGUACUUAGUCAAAGACUGACCUCUUUUUUUUCUUUUUUUUAGAUUAAAACAAAGCAGUGACCUCUUUAACACAGUAACCCUUUUUGCUCUCAUAGAGCCUGGACUACAUUUUAAUUUGCUUUUUUGAGUGCCUUUUUGAAAGCUGCUUCAGUGGGACUUUCUUUUUUGAGCUGUGUAUGUCCAAAGAAAAUCCAGGACAUGAUAGGAUUUUGUGUGUGUGUGUGCUCCCUUUCCAUACUACAGUUGCUGGAGUGGGAUAGCCAGUUCCUAUGAUGUCCUGGAGAACAUGUUCAGUGAUUGAAUGAAGUAGUCCCAUCCACUGGUGAUGGAAUACUUGAACACAGACAUUUCAGCCCUUCCUGGUUUCUCCCCAGUCCUCCUCUCCCUCACCCUCUGAGAUCACCUCUGCUGCUCCACGCAUUAUAUUUCCAAUAGGCUGUACAGGUUUUUCAGCUGUUUAUCAGGAACACUUAAACUCAUUUUUCUUGUCAUCAUCUCUACCACUGGGCACAAACAGCCCUUUUCUCAACUCCCUCCCAACCUGCAAGUCUUAAAAGUAUGUAUGGGCACAAUCAAUGCAAUAUUUCAAGGACUUUGUGUGUGUGUGUUUUCCAUACUUAUAUAAUGUGUUUAUGUAAAUUUUGUUUUUUUCCCUUUCGUCUCCCAUGUAUUAUAUAAUUUUAUUUAUUGUCUGAAGUUUAGAAGAUCUCUCACAGUCUCAUCUGUGGCUAUUUAUUUUGGCUAAUUUAUUUCGUUAGAAUUAUUCAAACAUUGCUUCCCCCCACCCCUCUUGAGCCUGUCACAGGGAUUCUUAUGGUUGGUCCACAUUUUGUUUUCACCCCUUUGUGUUUCUAUCUGUCUUUUUAUUUCUGUUGGUUGAAAAAGAAAAAAAGUCUGACCAUACCUUUUUUUUCGUUUUUGGUUGGAAGAUGGAAAAUUGUUGUACAAAGUCUAAUUUAAGGGAACUAGAAUGACUUUAAAAGUUAGUUCAGUAUGCCUUUUUUGUCUGGUAUUAUUUACAUACCAGAACUGUAAAGUAAUGCUGUUUGAAAGGGUUUUAAAUUAUUGACACUGUACAGUCUUUGUGCAUUGGCUCUGGAAGGAAGAGGGGACAGAGUCAUAAACCUUAAUUUAUUUUAAUAGCUGUGUGUUCUGUGAUCUGGUUGCAUUUAUGCAGCUUGGAUUUUGGAUUUUUUCUUCUGUUUAACAGUGUGAAAUGUAUGGAGAUCAUAUUUUUUAUACAGGUAUUUCAAUUAAACUUUUUUGUAGAUAA